UACGAUUCAUCGCUCGCACGCCGCUAUCAGCCACCGAAGCGGAGACGCGAGAGCGAUCAGUUUAUCCAGGUUUACCCUGAACGCCGGGUUCUCUCGUUCGCGUCAUCAUCCUAGCGUUCUCGUCAUCCCGUUUAAGGAAACGCCGUUCCUCCUCGUGAACGUCGACGCGCCGGGAAUUCGACGCCGCGAGAACGCAUCCGCGCAGCUGCGUGCGCGAUCGAGAGCACGCACGCGCGCCUGUCAUGUGUAAGUGUAUUGUAUGAGCGUGGAUCGUCGGGCGUUCUCGCGUACGUGUAUGCGAGCGCGACCGCGUGCGGGCGGUUCCCACACGACGUCGUCCGUGCAACAAGUGUCAAGAGGAGUAGGAGGCGGCGGCGGCAGCGGCGGUGGUUCCUUCAACUGUGCGGUGGUGUGGAAUACUUGGUGCAUGGUGCUGGUGGAUCGGUGUGAGUGACGGAUCGGUUGGACGGCUCGCGACGAUCUCACCAUCAACACCAUCGUCAUCAUCGUUAUCGUCAUCACGACGUGCUGAAAGGAUUCGUCACCGGCGAGGGCGCGGGAUGGGCUGCGCCGUGAGCACCACCGGCGAGAAGGAGGCCGCCGAGCGAUCCAAAAAGAUCGACAAGGACCUCCGCGCUGAUGGCGAGCGAACCGCCAGCGAGGUCAAGCUCCUGCUGCUCGGUGCUGGCGAGUCUGGCAAGUCCACGAUAGUGAAACAAAUGAAAAUCAUUCACGAGACGGGCUACAGUAGAGAGGAAUGUGAGCAGUACACAAAAGUAGUAUACAGCAAUACAAUACAGAGUCUAAUGACAAUAAUAAGAGCUAUGGGGGAGCUUAGGAUUGAUUUUGCUGAUCCCAAUAAAGCGGAUAUGGCGCGACAAUUUUUCACCCUCGCAUCGGCGGCAGAGGAAGGUGAACUAACAGGGGAUCUAGCGUUAUUAAUGAAACGAUUAUGGCAGGACGCGGGAGUGCAGCUUUGUUUCACGCGUAACAGAGAAUACCUGCUCAACGAUUCGGCAGCGUACUAUCUUAACGCACUUGACCGCAUAUCGCAACACAAUUACAUCCCGACACAGCAGGAUGUUCUGCGGACGCGUGUCAAAACUACGGGAAUCGUGGAGACGCAUUUUUCCUUCAAGGGUCUACACUUCAAGUAUGUUCGACGUGUACUUCAUUUAUUACUCAAAGAUAUUUAUAUAAUUUGUCUUAAUCUAGUAUUAUGUUAAUUGAUGAUA